GUGCAGCUCGACAGCUCGUGCAGCUCGACGGAGUAAAAAUAAAGAAUUCCUUAAAUAAACAUAAUCAAAUUUAAACAACAAUAAUUAAAAUCAAUGAAAAUUAUAUAAAAAGUCAUUUGCCAUAAAUAAUUUGAACAUAUAUGAGCUCGAUAAAAUUAAAUAAUAAAUUAAAUUCAAUUAAAAAUAACAUAACUUCAGUUUACGUAACUUGCCAAUAUUAAAUUAAAUUCCCUGCUGGCUUUAUUUAGCACCAACUCAGUCCGGGAUAAUAUUUCUCAAGAGCUCCAUAAUCUGUCUGAUAUAUAUCCCCGAUUUUUCAUGUUGUUCUGUGUUCGUUGAAGCAUUUUUUCACGACACUCGCCAAGCUGGCGCCUAUGCAAAAAAUAAGUCCAUUUCAAUAUAUCGAUUGAAGCACAAAGAAAAAGCGUGAAUGACGACAGGUUCGUUAAAAAUUGCACGUGUGCUUUGUAAUUUUACUCUUUUGAUUUGCCUAUUGCUUACAUUACGUCUAAUCAACACUUUCCUUCGGGCCAAUGACUUUUUUGAAGGCCACGGCUAAGCGACUUAUCAUGUCUCGUCUAUUCCCUUCGCUUUCAGCUAUUUGCUCUUAAUGAAAGUGAAAACCGUUUGCUGAAGGUCUCAGUUUGCUAAUACCUUGUGCUAAAUAAAGCUAAAAGGCAAUUACAGAUAUUUAAUUGGCAAUUCAUUUUUAAGAAAUGAAAAAUUGCUUAACGCCAUAAGCAGCAAUCAACGGAAUACUAAAACAACGCAAUGGCAACCCCACCAACGGCUGUCGGGAUUCCACUCGAGAGCUCUCCAGUUACGGUCGCAAAGCCAGAGGAAUCUACCGUCCCUGUCAUAGGGUCACCAGCGCCAAUUGCAAACCCAGUUGUAACUCCAGUUGUCGCCGCGGAGACUCCGGUUCCGGUAGCUAAGGCUGUCGCCCCCCCAGUAUCUGCCGAUUCGGUAGCUAUUGUAGGAGAGCCAUUUGCAGCUCCUGAUGCUGUCGUGCAAAACCCAGUACCUCAAGCCGAACCUGUGGCAACACCUGUACCUGUCGUGGAGACUCCGCCUCCGGUAGCUAAGCCAGAGGCAGCCCCCGUAGUUGUCGUGCGGGCACCAGCUCCAGUAGUUGUCCAAGUGGGAACCCCAGCAGCUGCUGUGCAAAUCCCAGCUCCAGUAGCCGAACCAGUGGCAACACCAGUAUCUGUCAUGGAGACUCCAGUUCCAGUGCCAGCCCCCGUAGCUGUCGUGCAAGUGCCCAUUCCGAUGGCCGAACCAGUGGCAGUAGCAGAACCUGUCGUGCAGACUCCAGUUCCUGUAGCUGAACCAGUGGCAACACCCGUAGCUGUCGUGGAAACUCCAAUUCCUGUAGCAGAGCCAGAAACAGCGCCCGCAGCUGUCGUGCAGAGUCCUAUUCAUCUAGCCGAACCAGUGCCAACACCCUUAAAUGUAAUGGAGACUCCGGUUCCGUUGGUUGAGCCAGUGGCACCACCAAUAGCUGGCGUGGAGACUUCAGCUCCUCUAUCUGAACCAAUGGCAGUAUCCGUACCCGUUGUGCAGACUCCGGUUCCUGUAGCUGAACCAGUGGCAUCGCCCGUACCUGCCGUGGGAACCCCAUUGGCUGUCGUGGAGACUCCAGUUCCGCUAGCCGAGCCAGUGGCAACACCCCUACCUGUCUUGGAGACUUUAGUUCCGGUAGCUGAACCAGUGGCAGCACCAGUAGCUGUCGUGGAGACACCGGUUCCGGUAACUGAGUCAGUGGAAACCCCCUUACCUGUCCUGGAGACUUCAGCACCUCUAUCUGAACCAGUGGCAGUGCCCUUACCCGUUGUGUCGACUCCGCUUCCUGUAGCUCAACCAGUGGCAACGUCCGUUGUUGUCGUGGACACUCUGAUUUCAGUAGCUCAGUCAAUGGCAGCCCCCGUACCUGUUGUGGAGACUUCAGCUCCUCUAUCUGAACCAGUGGCAGGAGCCGUAGCCGUCGCGCAGACUCCGGUUCCUGUAGCUGAACACGUGCCAGCACCAGUAGCAGUCGUAAAGACACCGGUUUCGGUAACUGAGUCAGUGGAAACCCCCGCACCUGUCGUGGAGACUUCAGCACCUUUACCUGAACCAGUGGCAGUACCCGUACCCGUUGUACAGACUCCGAUUCCCGUCGCUGAAGUAGUCGCAACGCCCGUUGCUGUCGUGGAGACUCUGAUUCCAGUAGCUGAGUCAGUAGCAACCCCCGUACCUGUCGUGGAGACUUCAGCUCCUCUAUCUGAUCCAGUGGCAGGACCUGUUCCCGGCGCGCAGACUCCGGAUCCUGUAGCGGAACCAGUCGCAACGCCCGUAUCUGUCGUGGAAACUUCGAUUUCGGUAGCUCAGUCACUAGCAACCCCUGUAGCCGUCGCGGAGACUUUGGCUCCGGUAGGUGAACCAAUGGCAUCGCCAAUAGCUGGUGUGAAAACUUCGCCUCCAGUUGCUGAGCCAGUGGUCACCCCUGUAGCUGUCGUGGAGACUCCGGCUCCAGUAGCUGUGCCAGUGACAACGCCUUUAGCUGACGUAAAGACCAAGGUAGCUGAGCCUGUGGCAACGUCCGUAGUUGUCGUGGAGACCUCGGAUCCGGUAGCUGAACCAGCGGCGGCCCCCGUAGCGCUCGUGGAGACUUUAGUUUCGGUAGCUGAACCACAGGCAAUGCCCGUAGCUGUCGUGGAGACUCUGAUUCCAGUAGCUGAGUCAGCUCCUCUACCUGAACCAGUGGCAGGACCUGUAUCCGGCGUACAGACUCCGGUUCCUGUAGCUGACCCAGUGGCAACGCCCGUAGCUGUCGUGGAGACUUUGGCUCCGGUAGCUGAAUCAGUAGCAUCGCCAGUAGCUGAUUUGGAAACUUCGCCUCCGAUAGCUGAGUCAGUGGAAACACCCGUAGCAGUCGUGGAGACCCCUGCUCCGGUAGCUGAGCCAGUGGCAACUCCCAAAGCUGUCGUGGAGGCUGCGAUUCCGGUAGCUGAGACAGUUGAGUCUCCAGUAGCCGUCGUGGAGACACUGAUUUCGGUAGCUAAGCCUGUGGUAACGCCCGUAGCUGUCGUGGAAACUUUGCCUCCGAUAGCUGAGCCAGUGGCAACACCCGUAGCUGCUGUGGAAACUUCGCCUCCGAUAGCUGAGCCAGUGGCAACACCCGUAGCUGUCGUGGAGACCCCAGUUCCAGUAGCUGAGCCAGUGGCAACGCCAGUAGCUGUCGUGGAGACUCCUAUUCCGGUAGCUGAGACAGUGGUAACUCCUGUAGCUGUCGCGGAGACUUUGGGUCCGGUAGCUGAAUUACUGGCAUCGCCCUUAGCUUUCGCGGUAACUCCGGUUCUAGUAACAGAGUCAGUGGCAACGCCAGAAGCUGUCGUGGAGAGUCCGGCUCAGGUAGCUGAGCCAGUGGCAACCCCAGUAGCCAGCUCCGUACCAAUGGAUAUACCUACUAAUCAAACGGAGUCACCAGCAGCUGUUACGGAUUUAGUUGGUUCUUCGAAUGCAGAUGGGGAUCAGUCUGGAGUUGUGCCCGUGGCAAAGAUAUAUCCGACUCGCAGGGAUCUCAAUACGACAGAUGUGUCGCUGUUGGCCAUCGCAGCUACCUUGGAUGCUAUAGCGGACAAGCUCAAGGAUCAAAGAGCUCGAAACCAAGAAGUCUUGGAUCGCAUCUGCGAAAUAGAGAAAAUUUUGGGUGUGUUCAAGCAAUAAUGAUAUUGUCAAUAUCUAACUAAUGUUGAAUAUCUGAAAUAUGAUUAAUAAAUGCUGUUCAAGAAAGUU